AUGAAGUUCACAGACGGAAUGUGGAUGAACCGCAAUGCGGUGACUCCCAACUGGAUGGGCAAUGUCGAGAGGGUUAAUGUCGGUGACAAGAAGGUCGAACUCCUUCUCACAAAACCACAACGACAUCGAGGAGACACUUUAAACGUUGGCACAAUUUCAGCCGCCGUCCGUUCUCCUAUUGAAGGUGUCAUAGCAGUCAGCUUCUCACACUGGACGGGUGAGGCAGACUCGGGCCCUAACUUCCCACUGUUUGAGUCAAACCCUCAUCCCACCAUCACUCAUACCCAAGGCAAAAGCCUCAGCUUUUCCUGCGGACCCCUUAGCCUGGCCAUCAACACCGCUCCAAAUUCUCUCUCGUUCAGCUAUUUCACCAACUCCAAACGCCUGACGGGCCACUCUUUCCGCUCAAUAGCCUUUGUGACCUCCGCCGACACGCCCAGAUACAAGGUAGAAGAGGGCCUGUACGCCGAGCAAGAGAACUACCUGCUUCUCGAACUAGAUCUCUCCGUUGGCGAGAAGAUCUACGGCUUGGGCGAACGCUUCGGGCCCUUCGUCAAAAAUGGCCAAGUCGUCGACAUAUGGAACGAAGACGGCGGCACCUCUUCCGAGCUCGGGUACAAGAACAUCCCUUUCUACAUCUCGAGCCGUGGAUACGGUGUAUUCAUCAACAACCCAGGCAAAGUCAUGCUAGAGAUCCAAUCUGAGCGCACUACACGGAUCAACGUGGUCGUCCGGGCCGAAAGCCUUGAAUACAUGGUCGUCGCAGGCCCUAGUCCCAAGGAGAUCCUGAACCGCUACACAGCACUAACCGGUCGUCCUGGCCUCCCUCCCUCAUGGUCUUACGGUCUUUGGCUCACGACGUCUUUCACGACGUCCUACGACGAAAAGACAGUGACAUCAUUCGUCGAAGGUUUCAAAGAACGCCAAAUCCCCCUGAGCGUGUUCCAUUUUGACUCGUUCUGGAUGAAAUCCUUCCAGUGGUGCGACUUUGAUUUCAACGACGAAAGUUUCCCCGACGCAAAGGGAUACCUUGCCCGGCUCAAAACCCGUGGCCUCAAGAUCUCGGUGUGGAUCAACCCCUACGUUGCCCAGGCCUCGCCCUUGUUUCUCGAGGGCAAACGCAACGGCUACUUCAUCAUGCGCUCCGACACACCCCGUCCGACGGUAUGGCAAUGGGACAAUUGGCAGGCGGGCAUGGCGUGCGUGGACUUUACCAACCCCGCAGCGUGCAAAUGGUACGGCGGCCACCUGAGACGACUCAUGGAUCUGGGCGUGGACAGCUUCAAGACGGAUUUCGGCGAGCGCAUCCCCUUCCUCUCGCGCCAGGUCAAGUACCACGACGGCAGCGACACGGUGCGCAUGCACAACUUCUACGCCUACCUGUAUAACAAACUCGUCUAUGAAACCAUGGCUUCCGCGGGUCAAGAUGCCUGUCUGUUCGCACGCGCCGCCACCGCAGGCACCCAGCAAUUCCCCGUCCAUUGGGGCGGUGACUGCGAGAGCACAUUCGAAGCCAUGGCCGAGACUCUUCGCGGCGGCUUGUCGCUGGGCUUGUCCGGUUUCGCGUUCUGGGCGCACGACAUCGGCGGUUUCGAAGGUCUACCUGACCCGGCACUGUACAAGCGCUGGGUCCAGUUUGGCCUCUUGGGAUCUCAUUCACGUCUACACGGUAGUUCGAGCUAUCGCGUUCCUUGGAUCUACGACAGGGAUAAUUUUCCAGGCGAGGACGAAGCGUGCAGUAAGGUCCUCAAGGAGUCUGUGCUGCGCAAAAUGGCUUUGAUGCCGUAUAUUCUCCGUCUGGCGCUCGAGGGGCAUCAAAGGGGAACGCCGAUCAUGAGGGCCAUGUUCCUCGAGUUUCCCGACGACUUGAACGUAUGGACGCUGGAUACACAGUACAUGCUUGGAUCGGAGAUGUUGGUAGCGCCUGUGUUUUCUCAGGAUGGCGACGUCAGCUUCUACGUGCCCAACGACGAGCGAAACAAGAGUCCGUCUCCUGCCGCUGCUGCUGCCGCUACCGCUAAAUGGAGGAGUUUCUUCGACUCUACGAAAACAUACGAGUCGGGUAGGUGGUAUACGGAGAAACAUGGGUUUGAUACGCUUCCCAUCCUGUUGCGGCCCGAGGCUGUGGUGCCGUACAAUCCGGAAAUGAAAGCCCCCGAGGGAGAUAUCACGAAUGGAUUGCAGGUAUGGAUCAAUGGUCCUCUGAGUGACUCUCGGACAGUAGAAAUGGUCGAAACGAGCGCCGUGGAUAAGGUUGCUCUGUCGUUCACAAUUGACAACAAUUUGCAGGUCAACGGGGCUAAAGGUGAUGUGAAGGUGGUGGAUGUGACCAAGGGCUAA